AUGUUGGUAACCAGGCCACUGCCUGGGGAAGACCACCUGACUGUGGAAGAAGAGUCUGAUACAAUUGAAGAAAAUAAACAGGAAGAAAUUAAGGAUAAUACACCUGCUAAUGAGAAAAAUGGGGAUUAUUAUAAAGAUAUAAAACAAUAUGUGUUCACAACACAAAAUCCAAAUGGCACCCAGUCUGAAAUAUCCGUGAGAGCAACAACUGAUCUGAAUUUUGCUUUAAGAAACUAAUCAACUCAGGGUCCAAAUGAGCCUGCAUUUUGGACAAUGUUAGCUAAAGCUAUAAAUGGAACACCAACUAGUGAUAUUGGAGAAGAAAAAGAUCAAUUAUUUCACCCAAUUCCAAGUUCUGAUUUGAAUGCUACAAAAGAAGACACCCAAGCAGGGCAGCAGGAUGUCAAGUUAAAGUUCAUGCUGGGCAUCUCACUGCUGACCCUCCUCCUUUUUGUCAUCUUCUUGGCAGUAUCUAGCUCCUUGCUGUACAAACUGAAGACUGAUUAUAAAAUGAAAGCUGAGAGUGAAUACUCCGUCAACCCAGAGCUUGCCACUCUGUCUUACUUUCAACCAUCAGAAGGCAUAUCAGACACAUCUUUCUCUAAGAGUGCCGAGAGCAGCACAUUUUGGGCCACCUCUUCUUCAGAAGUGAGAAAAUCAGACAUACGGUCGAAAUCUAGAAUGACGGACAUGAUUUCCACAGCCUCCGAUGACGACAUGGGCUUGAACGAUGAGCAGAACUUACCUCAGAAUGAGGACGCUGGCGUUGAUGAAGAGACUUAG